GGGUGAUGAGGAGCCUCUACUUCCUAUAACAAGACUUAUACUACCAUGUUCGGACAGAUCGUGAUAGGGCCUCCGGGUUCUGGUAAAUCAACGUAUUGCUAUGGAAUGUACCAAUUUAUGUCGGCAAUAGGACGAAAACUGUGUAUUGUCAAUUUAGAUCCUGCAAAUGACCGAUUGCCAUAUCCAGAUUGUGCUCUUGAUAUUCGAGAUUUCAUAACUUUGGAAGACAUAAUGGAGGAGCUCAACUUGGGUCCCAACGGAGGAUUAAUGUAUGCCCUUGAGCUGCUUGACCAUGAAGGUAUAGACAUGUUUCUUUCCAAGAUUGACCAACUUAUCCAGGACAAGAAUUACAUAUUGUUUGACUGUCCCGGCCAAGUCGAACUAUUCACGCAUCACAACUCUUUAUUCAAGAUAUUCAAGCGGUUAACUCAAACUAAACGAAUGAGAUUGUGUGUGGUUUCUUUGGUUGACUCAAUUUACUUGACUAGUCCCUCGCAAUAUAUCUCGAUAUUACUAUUAAGUUUAAGAUCGAUGCUCCAGUUAGACCUACCCCAUGUCAAUGUAAUCAGUAAGAUUGAUAUGUUGCGGAAUUACGGGGAGUUACCCUUUAGAUUGGACUAUUAUACUGAAGCCCAGGAUUUAGGAUAUCUAACACCACACUUGGAACAAGAGUCCAACACGGUAUUGGGGAAAAAUUACGUUAGACUUACUGAGUUGAUUGCAGAAUUAGUUGAAGAGUUCCACUUGGUUUCAUUCGAGGUGUUGUCCGUCGAAAACAAGAAGAGUAUGAUUAACUUGUUGAGUGUGAUUGACAAAGCUAACGGAUACAGUUUUGGAAGUGAGAUUGGAGGAGACUCGGUAUGGAGCGAAGCAACAAGACAAGGAGGAUCUGGCGUUUAUCAAGAUGUAGAUAUUCAUGAACGUUGGAUUGAAUAUAAAGACGAAUAUGACAAGGAAGAGCAUAAACAAGAAGAAGAAUUGAGAAAACAACACCAAGAAAACGACGUGGAAAUGACCGAAGAGGAUGAAUGGGAGGCUGCAUUGCAAGAUUGGGAAAGCAAACGUGGAGGCCAAGGCGCUCUUCUGAGGUAAUCUGUACAUACAACUUUAUAGAACUUUAUAGAAGCAAUAUGUCGUGUCUGG